ACGGGAAUCAAGAUGGCGACCCACAUGGCCUCCGCACUGGACGCGGUGCAAUGUCCCGUAUGUUUAGAGGACUUCACGGCGGCCACGAUUAACGGACACCUCGAUGCGUGUCUGCAGAAAAGCGGCACCGACAGCAGUGCGUCGGUAACGGAGCCUCCUUUGAAGAAAUCACGCAUUAACGCGGAGCCUGAACACCCGGAUGUCAACAACCCCAUGACGCGUUCACCGUCAUCCUCCUCCCUGUUUUCUCUAUUCCAGGCCAACAAGAGUAAAGUGUCAGCUGCAAGUGAAAGGGAUGUUUUAUUGACGAGUAAACAAUCUGCUGUCAAUAAGGGGGUUAAACGUAAUUUGGCAAGCGAGGCAGAAGCAGCACAAGAAGGUGCAGAGAAUGUUAACAGCCAGCUCUCUGGAUUAAACGGACCGACCCUGAAGGCAGCACAGGAUGUAUCACCACUGUCACUGCUGAGCAUCAAUAAGCCUCUGGCAGAGAUGCUGAGGCCAAACACACUGGAGGAAUACUUUGGUCAAAACAAAGUUGUGGGUCAGCAAACACUCCUCAGGUCACUUCUGGACUCCCAGGAAAUACCAUCUCUGAUCCUGUGGGGACCACCGGGGUGUGGAAAGACCACUCUGGCUCACAUAAUCGCCAGCACCAGUAAAAAGAAAGGGACAGCUCGUUUUGUCUCUCUGUCUGCCACCAGCGCGUCCACCAGUGACGUCCGAGAGGUCAUCAAACAGGCUCAGAACGAGCUCCGACUCUGCAAGAGGAAGACCAUCCUGUUCAUUGAUGAAAUUCACCGCUUCAACAAAUCUCAACAGGACACCUUUCUUCCUCACGUGGAAUGCGGGACGGUGACUCUGAUCGGGGCGACCACAGAAAAUCCAUCCUUCCAGGUGAAUAACGCUCUGCUGAGCAGGUGCAGGGUGCUGGUUCUGGAGAGGCUCUCUGUGGAGGCGAUGGGCCUGAUCCUGGACAGGGCCGUGGCCAGACUGGGGAUCAGAGUCCUGGAAGAAGAUCCAGCAAAUCCUAAACAACAAGACCGAUCAGAUGGACAUGAGCCAAAGAUUUUGAUUGAACAAAAAGCUCUGGACACCAUCGCCUUCCUUUGUGAUGGAGACGCGAGAACAGGACUCAAUAGUCUGCAGCUGGCUGUUAAGGCUCAGGUGACCUCGGCCCGGCCCGGCCCAUCAGGACCAGAUGGUUCUCAGGAAAUACUGGUGAAGGAGGAGCACGUGAAGGAAGGUCUUCAGAGGUCCCAUAUUCUCUAUGAUAAAGCUGGUGAAGAGCAUUACAACUCUAUCUCGGCGUUGCAUAAGUCCAUGAGAGGCUCCAAUGAGAAUGCUUCUCUCUACUGGCUGGGUCGCAUGCUGGAGGGCGGCGAGGAUCCGCUCUAUGUGGCUCGCAGGCUGGUCCGCUUCGCCAGUGAGGACGUGGGAAUGGCCGACCCCUCCGCUCUUCCUCAGGCUGUGUCGGCCUUUCAAGCCUGUCACUUCAUCGGGAUGCCUGAAUGUGAGGUGAUUCUGGCUCAGUGUGUGGUCUAUCUGGCACGAGCACCUAAGUCUGUGGAUAUCUACAAGGCCUAUGCUAACGUCAAAACCUGUCUGAGGAACCACAAAGGCCCUCUGCCUUCUGUCCCCCUGCACCUUCGUAACGCCUCCACAAAGCUGAUGAAACAGCUCGGCUACGCUAAAGGCUACAAAUACAACCCAGCCUUCAGCGAGCCCGUAGAGCAAAGUUACCUGCCAGACGAGCUGCAGGGAAUCGACUUCUUCACCUGGACACCGUCAUGAGGAUCUGUUGCAAUGACUGACACAGCUUGCUAUAACGGGGUUAAAAAAACACUGCUGCCGAAGGAAAAUAUCUUGUCAAAUUAGAUGAUUUUUUUUUUUUUUAAACUAAUCCAUAUUAAACAUUGGGGUUAUUUUCCUAAUUUAUUUUUUGCAAAUGUAAAAGAAGUAUUUGCCAUAAGUCAACCAUCACGUUAUAUUCAACUUCCUCUUCUACUUGACUUUUCUGUUGUUUUUGAAUAAAUUACAAAGGAUAUAGUUACCUUUUACAGUUAAUUUACUUCUAAAUAUGUUGAUAAUAAAAUCCUUAAUCUGUUCAAAUGAAUAACAAUACAUAAAAUACAGUAAAUAUACGCAGUCUUUGUAUUUCCAUAAUACAUAAUCAAAUAUCUACUAUGUUAAAUAUUUCUAUGUUGGUUUUGUC